UACCCGGACACUCUGUUUUCCAGGAUCCCUGGGCAGGGACACCUCCUCUUUCCUCUAGGCCUCCCCUAAACCGGCCCUUAGGGUAUGCAGAGGCAGCUGCCAGGCCCACAUACCCCCGGCAGGCCCAAGGAGGGCCACAAUCCUCAACUUCAUCUUGGAGGACCAGGGAGAGCCCCAUUUGUCACCCAGAGAGGCCGGGGACUCCGCGUGGACAGGCAGCGCGUGUGUAGGGCCGAGGUCUGCCCAGGGCUGGGCAACUCCAGCGUUUGUGCUGCUCCUGCUCCGGCAAGUGGAGGAGCUGGGCGGGCCAGAGCGGCUGUGGGAGCCAAGCUCAGAGGGUGUGGCCCCACUGUGAGCCGCAGGCCUGAGGACAGUGAGAAGUAAAGCGGUGUUCCCCUCCAGGGGCUGGUGCUGCUGGGUCUGGCAGAGAGAGUCCUGGGGGAGGGCAUCGGGCAGCGCCCACCCAGUAAGGUGGGCAAUGCCUGGUGUAGGCAGGUGGGAGGGCGGGGUCCCCCAGGGUUGGGGUCCUUGAGGAGGGGGUGACCCAGGAGGGGGCUCAUCCACAUGGGCACUUGUAUCAGCCCACAGCUGCAAGGGGUGAAUAAUUGAAGGGCAGGUCACACGAGCCUGCCCGUCACAGGAUGCCUUCCCUGCCGGAUCUGGUUACGCCCCAGAUCACAUUCUGACAUCCCGAGCUGGUGAAUAAUUAAGCUGCCACUCCUCUGAGGCAGGCCUCCAUCUCCAGGUCCCUCUCCGCGGCUUCCUCGCUGCCAGCCGAGUCGUGGGCACCUGAGGGACUACCUACCACUGCUCCCGGCUGUGCCAUCGCCACCAGCUCCCAGCCUCCUGCUCAGACCCGGGACAGCCCCUCCAUGGCCCCCGAGAUGGACCAGUUCUACAGGUCCACCAUGGCCAUCUACAAGAGCAUCAUGGAGCAGUUUAACCCCGCCCUGGAGAACCUGGUGUACCUGGGCAACAACUACCUGCGUGCCUUCCACGCUCUGUCCGAGGCGGCCGAGGUCUACUUCAGUGCCAUCCAGAAGAUUGGGGAGCGUGCCCUGCAGAGCCCCACCUCACAGAUUCUGGGGGAGAUCUUGGUGCAGAUGUCUGACACUCAGCGGCACUUGAACUCUGACCUGGAGGUGGUGGUGCAGACAUUCCAUGGAGACCUGCUGCAGCACAUGGAGAAGAACACCAAGCUGGACAUGCAGUUCAUCAAAGACAGCCGCCAGCACUAUGAGCUCGAGUACCGCCACCGGGCGGCCAACCUGGAGAAGUGCAUGUCUGAGCUGUGGCGCAUGGAGCGGAAGAGGGACAAGAAUGUGCGGGAGAUGAAGGAGAGUGUGAACCGGCUGCACGCACAGAUGCAGGCCUUCGUGUCUGAGAGUCAGCGGGCGGCUGAAUUGGAAGAGAAGCGGCGCUAUCGCUUCCUAGCAGAGAAGCACCUGCUACUUUCCAACACCUUCCUGCAGUUCUUCGGCCGGGCCCGGGGGAUGCUCCAGAACCGCGUGCUGCUGUGGAAGGAGCAGUCUGAGGCCAGCCGCAGCCCGUCGCGCGCCCACUCCCCCGGCCUGCUAGGCCCCGCGCUGGGGCCGCCCUACCCCUCGGGCCGCCUGACGCCCACCCGCCUGGACAUGCCCCCGAGGCCCCUGGGAGAGUUCAGCUCCCCCCGCAGCCGGCACGGCUCCGGCUCCUACGGCACCGAGCCGGACGCGAGGCCCGCGUCCCAGCUAGAGCCAGACCGUCGCUCCCUGCCCCGCACGCCGUCGGCCUCCUCGCUCUACAGCGGCAGCGCCCAAAGCUCGCGCUCCAACUCCUUUGGCGAGCGCCCGGGUGGCGGAGGGGGCGCCAGGAGAGUCCGCGCCCUGGUCUCCCACUCGGAGGGCGCCAACCACACGCUGCUGCGCUUCUCCGCUGGGGACGUGGUGGAGGUGUUGGUGCCCGAGGCCCAGAACGGCUGGCUCUACGGCAAGCUGGAGGGCUCGUCCGCGAGCGGCUGGUUCCCCGAGGCCUACGUGAAGGCUCUGGAGGAGGGGCCCGUGAAUCCCAUGACCCCCGUGACCCCCAUGACCUCCAUGUCCCCCAUGACACCCAUGAUGCCCAUGAACCCCGGGAACAAGCUGCCUUCCAGGUCCUACCCACUCCGGGGCAGCCACAGCCUCGAUGACCUCCUGGACCGGCCGGGCAACUCCAUAGCACCCUCGGAGUACUGGGAUGGCCAGUCCCGCUCCCGCACCCCAAGCCGGGUGCCAAGCCGUGCCCCGAGCCCUGCACCUCCACCCUUGCCCAGCAGCCGCCGCAGCAGCAUGGGCAGCACAGCAGUUGCCACUGACGUCAAGGUGAGCCCUCGCCCGCCCUCUCUUGGGGCCUCCAGCGGGCAGGGAGGCAGGAGAGCAGGGAUCCCGAGGCUCUGUCACCGGCUGUCUGGCAGGGGACCCGCCUACCUGGCCUCAGUCUGUUCCUCAGUGCAGGGAGGGGUGGUGUGGGGCUGAGUCUGGGCUGAAGGGGAAGACCAGGGUCUCAGGGCAGGGUGUGGCCUGGGGCUGGCCAGUAGGACGGGGCUGGGGGAGGCCAGGGAGGGCAUCUCCGAUGGAGCCACCCCGGUCUUAUCCUGGGGGCGUGGUUAGUCCUCGGAGGUGGUGCUCUGGCCCAGGGGUUUCUCACUUCUGCAACCCACAGAAUUCUGGGCUUCAGAACGUCAGGGUCUCAUUUCCCAGGAGCCUGGCAUGGCAGGGGCUCUCUGGCCCAGUCCUCUGCCCUUGGGCAUGGGGAGAGGGAGGGGAGGAGCAAGGGAUUGCUUGCCCCUCUCCCCACCAAACCAGCCCUUCCCCACCCCCACUGCAGAAACUGAUGUCCUCAGAGCAGUACCCACCACAGGAGCUCUUCCCGAGGUGAGUCCUCACAUGGGGCCCAAACAGUGAGGAGGGUGGCAGGUGCGGUGGCACACACUUGUAGUCCCAGCUACUAGGGAGACUGGGGCAGGAGGAUCUCUUGAUUCCAACAGUUCAACAUCAGCUUGAGCAACACUGUGAGACCCUAUCUCUUAAAAGAAAGAAAAAAAGAUGAAGUGGGGCAAGGAGUGGAUGGAGACCAAAUAGGGGCAGGAGGCAGGACCCAGCUCAGUUGCCCAGCUGCCUUCCUGAGCCACGGCCAGGUGGGGAUCAUCUGCCCUUCUCACCCCCUUCUCUCCUCCUACAGGGGCACAAAUCCUUUUGCCACCGUCAAGCUUCGUCCCACCAUCACCAAUGACCGCUCAGCACCCCUCAUCCGCUGAGGCGGGGUCCGAGGUCGUACCCCACAGUGCACCUGCCCAGGGGCUGUUCAGAGCUGGCAAUGGCAGUGACAGCAGCAACAGCAGCAGAUCCAAGAAGCGGGGCCCUGAGACGGGGGGUGGCUGCCCUCCCCAGACCACCCCGGCAGCCUGAGCAGCUCCAAAGCACUGGCUUGGGGUCCGAGACCUUCAAAGUAAAGCAGGCGGAAUAGGGGGACAGGACAAUUUCUCCCCCCCCAGGGGCUCCAGGACUCUCCCUGGGGGGCCCACCUCUUGCCCCCUAACCUCUUUCCCCCUUUUCUGCCCCCGUGGGGAGGAGCCCCUUGUACCUGCUCCGUGCCCAACACAUGCCCUCUCUGUACAUCUUUUGUAAAUGAUGACAAAUAAAGGAAGUGGACGCAAAGUGAUGCGGCAGCAG